UCUCAUGGCGGUCAAGAACCUCUCAGGUCCCAAGUGGCCAGAUGCUCCUCACCCGACGCAAAGAUGCUAGCUGGUGCCACAUCCGAUAUCGUGGCAGCACGACUUCGAAGCAUUUGGAAAUCUUAAUAAUUCCACGGGUUCUGCGGUCCGGUGAUCAAAUGAAGAGUGGUACGCUCCAAGACUACCAGAAAAUUAAUGGUGGAGGGUCUUGUGGCCUCACUCAUGGCCAUGUAUUUUUUUUUCGACAUUCAAAGUCACGUAUCUUCUUGGACAGAAAAAUGCAAGACUCACUGCAAGCCAACAUCACCAACGAAAGCACACAACAAACUCGUCAUGACCAAGUACAGGGUGCCCACGCGGCUGCGCAAGACACCGAAGCCCGUUUCAAGAUCAAGCAUCGUGCUCAAUCCGCCUGUUGAUUCCACAAAGCGUUACAUCAGCAAAAUGGAACUCAUCAACGAGCUCUUCGACCUGGUGCUGCGUGAAUUCAACGUCCAGAAACUUUUGCGACUUCGUAGGGUCGCUCAGCACUGGAAGUCUCAAAUCGACUCUUCUUCGGCAGUCCAAAGAGUGCUUCUCUUGAAGUCAACUAUCCCACGCAGCAUCAUCGAGCUGAAAUUCACACAUCCUCAAGAUCUUGUCGAGCGCUCCGCAUCACUGUCGAAAGUGUCGCGGAGCUGCAAGAACCGCAUCCAUGUCAAGCUGAACGCGCUUCUGUGCAAGAAAAGCAAUGCCACUGACGAACCCGACUUGUUCGACUGCAGAAUCAGUAAAAGAGACACGGUCCUGCUGAAUACGGCCAUCAUCAUACCACAUAUCCUUUCGAAAGGCACGCGCAUGAAAAAGAUCGAGUCGGCCGAUCCACCACAACUCAAGCCAGUGCGGCAGUUCGUUGAUAGCCAACUCGACAUGCUGUUGACUGAUCCACCAGUCAAGGCGGCAUACCUCAGCAUCUUCAAUAACAUGGCUCACGCACGUGUCGAGAAUCCAUCAGGUUUGCGCCUGCGCGAUAUCUUGGAUGGCAUCGACAAAUCUGGCGUAUUGGAAGGCAUUCUGUCCUGCUGGCACAAGAUGCAAGAGUUAAACAAAAGAAUCACGCUCGAUAUCGAUGAACGUGAGGGCUAUGUCUGUCUGUCUGGGUGAGAAGGAGGAGGUAGAGUUGUGUGAUCUUAUGGCUGGUUGCAAACUUUCGGAUGGCCCAGAGACUGCAUAAAGCUCUUUGAUGACCCUAGGAUUGAAAUGACACAGGCGCCUGUGACUUCUCGACCUCAGAAAUCAACAGCCGGAGUGAGCGAUCAACGAAACUUGGUUUAUCUGGCAGCUUUCUGUCCCACCGCACCUGUCUCGUCACACAGAACAGCUAUUGGAGAUAUGCGUGCUACUUUGCAGGAAAGCUGAGAUCGACAACCAUUAGAGUCAGGCCUCCCGUGUGGUGUCGCAGUCGGCUUGCCAAGAGUAGCUUAGGACGACGAUCGACAGCAGCUUAGAUGAGCUUAAUGCGCGUAGAGAUCCGAUAGACCCAGGAACGAGACA